GUAGAUUGGAUACAUGGCUCACACAAAUGAAUCAGUGGUGUUGGAGUUUGUGCUUCUGGGACUCACUAACUCUUGGGAACUUCAGCUUUUCCUUUUUGCCAUCUUCUCCAUCGUGUAUGUGACGUCGGUGCUGGGCAACACCAUGAUUAUUGUCAUCAUUGCCUCUGACUCCCGUUUGAACUCUCCUAUGUACUUCCUGCUCAGUAAUCUUUCUUUCAUUGAUAUCUGCCAGUCUAACUUUGCCACCCCUAAGAUGCUUGUGGACUUUCUUGUCGAGCACAAAACUAUCUCCUUUGAGGGCUGCAUGGCCCAGAUAUUCCUUCUUCAUAGUUUUGUUGGGAGUGAGAUGAUGUUGCUUGUAGCUAUGGCAUAUGACAGAUUUAUUGCCAUCUGUAAGCCCCUACACUAUAGCACCAUCAUGAGUCGCAGACUAUGUAUCAUUUUUGUGUUUAUCUCCUGGGCUGUGGGUAUUCUUCAUUCAGUGAGCCACUUGGCUUUUACAGUGGAUCUGCCGUUCUGUGGCCCCAAUGAGGUAGACAGGUUCUUUUGUAACCUCCCCCUGGUGAUAGAGCUGGCUUGCAUGGAUACUUACAAAGUGGAAAUUUUGACCCUAACUAACAGUGGCCUCAUAUCCCUGGGCUGUUUCCUGGCUUUAAUUAUUUCCUACACUGUCAUUUUGAUCACUGUCCACCGCUGGUCCUCCAGUGGGUCAUCCAAGGCACUUUCUACAUUGACUGCCCACAUCACAGUGGUGAUUCUUUUCUUUGGGCCUUGCAUUUACUUCUACAUAUGGCCUUUUAGCAGACUUUCUGUGGAUAAGUUUCUUUCUGUGUUCUACACUGUUUGUACACCCCUGUUAAACCCCAUCAUCUACUCUCUGAGGAAUGAAGAUGUUCAAUCAGCUAUGCACAAGUGGAGAAACCAUCACGUGAACUCCUGGAAAUACUAAGGAUCACCAUGAAGGAACCUAACCCUAAAUGGAAAUGAAGAGCCCCAGCUGGAGCCCAGCAUUGUGUCAAUUAUUUUUUGUAAUGUGAGGGGUUAUCAAGUUAUAGAAUUUGAUAUUUGUCCUAAGUGCAAGGGGAUUGCACAAAAUCAGUUCCUGGUUUGCUAGUGAAAUAUAAUUUUAGGUAAUUUUUCAUUGCUCAUAAUUCAAAAGUACAAAUUCUUUUGACAAUAUUUAGUAAUCCUUUUAAAUCCUUUAUACAUAAUUUAGAGAUUCUAAUCUACAUAAAAAGCUAUUCAUGUUACUAAACUUGUGAUUCUCAUCAAUUGAACAUAUGCUAUUUUCAAGCUUUGCAAUCAGAACAUAUAAGUAAAUUGAGUUUCUGAGUUUCUGAUUCUUCUCUCAACUUAAUUCAAAACAUUUUUUCUAUAAAUUGACAUAGCGGAAAAAUAUUGUGCUCACAACACAGAUUUUAUUGAUGUACAUUUGUUAGCUUAUC